UGCCCAGCUGCAUCCACAUGACAAUGGGAAUGUGGGAGGACAGGAAUGUGAAAUGUAGCUUCCUCCGACACUCAGAGCGGUGAGCUUGCCUGAACUGUCUCUCUACCUUCCUCAGCCAUUGCGGACGCCCUGGACAAACUGGCCGAAGAGUUUGAGUUCACCAUCUCCAUAGAGCACCACUUCCACAUCCACGGCAACCAGUCACGAAGCCGGUCACAUGUGGCAAUGGACAUCAUGGAGGAGAUCUAUCAGCGUGUCGGAGUGGUCUACGAGUCCAUUGGCCUUCUCGGCUACAUCUCCACCUUGAUGAUGCUCUUCCUCUACAUCCAGUCGCUGUUGUAUCGGAAGAACUACCUGUUCAGGGACGACUUCGACAACUAUUACAUCACCAGACAGUUCCUGCAAGUCGACGUCAUGCGCGCCAAGACUGGGAAGGACACUGUCCUGCCCCUCAGUUACCAGGAAGCCUGCCGAUACAUCUGGCCCUGCUCCUUCUACAUGACCUUGUCCGAGAGGAAGCAAUACGUCCUUAGCUUGGUCAGGCUCCUGCGUCAUUCUCUGGCCGUCCUCGUUCUCAUCCUCCUGGAUUACAGCAUCUACUGGGUGUUGGACAUGGUCAGUUACCACCUGCGGGCAGAGAUCAUCGCACGAUCCCCCGUGGUAAUGGGAAUCUCAGUCGGCGGAACAGGAUAUGCCUCGGACAUUUAUCGGGACAUGGCGGACUCCUUUGACGAGGUGCAGAGUGGGAAGAUCACAGUGCUUUCCAAGAAGUGCACUAUCGUCCCCUCUCCUCCCAACUUCAAGAUCUACAGGUUGAUCGGGGGCCUGUACGGGGUGGUGUUUUUCAUCGUGUUAUUCGGCUGCUAUGUUUCGAGGCUUCGACGGUACAUCUGCUCCGUCUACUACCCGUCGCGGGAGCAGAUACGCAUCUGCUACCUGUACAACCAGAUCCAAACCAAGCGGUCUUCCCUGAUGAAAGAGCUCUUCAGAUGUGUGCAGAAAAACUCCACCGAUGGCGGUCACACCAACAUCCUCCUCGUCCUGGCAGCGCGGUACAAGGUGUUUGCGUGGAUUGCUGCCUUUACGGGAACCUACGAGGAGUACUGCCUCGCAUGCGGCCGGGUGAUGGAGGGAGAGGAAAGUGAGAUGUUUGUUCCCUGCAUAACUCCCGGCUGUAAAGGCAUUUACUGCGAGGAGUGCUACCAGCACAUGAACAAUAUCUGCUCGGUGUGUAUGGGACCCCUCGCCUACCAGGGAGACAUUGAUGAGGAGGUAGACUCCAGCGACUCCAGCAAAGUGCAUCUGUGGAUGAAUGCCGUGGAUUCGCUGAAAUCCCGGAUGGACAAGAAGAAGCAGGAACGGAGGAGGAUGCGGGCGCUGCUGAAGGAACGGAUCCGGACGGCGCUGUACGAGGAGCACAACGUGACGGCGGAAAAAGCCAGCACCCUCAGGAGGCUGUUCCGGGAGAGGAAGAAGGACAAAGGGGGCAAAAAGAAAAGACCGGUGACCCCGUCCACCCUGCCCGAGACCCAGAAGCCUGAACGUAGCGAGUUGGACUUCAGCUACCAGGACAGGUCGGCGGCUGAGGCGACGAGCUCGGACGAGCCCUACGACCCCAGUGAGUUUAUUGAAAGGCGGAAGGGCAGGGACCUGGUCUCCGUGUCCGACCUGAAGCAGCUGAAGGAGGAGCACGGCCACUCCGUGUCCAGCAGCGCAGAGGCCGGAGAGCUCAGCGAUGUGCAAGUGGACACCAACUCCAGCCCACCCACCGACAGUACACACACCGACACAGAAUCCGGCUGGAAAUCCUGGAUAGCCGCGUUGAGAAGGUUCCUGCGCAAGUUCCCCAGAGCAGGGGGAAGGAGGAAGACACUGACAUAGAGGGAGGGGGUUCGGACAGCAGAAAAGGGGGAGACAUUAACAACAACUGCACAUCCACCCCAAUUCCUGACUUGGGACAGGAUGGU